AUGCUGAGGUACUCGCGUCGCUCGUUCGUGAGAUAUGUAGUUGGUCAUCACAUCGUCAAGACCGUAUUAUAAAGUUGCUUAUUAGUAUUAUUAUUGUUGUGGUGGAGGAGGAUUGGCAAAAUUUCUAAACGAAUCUCACCACUAUAAACCAAGUAACCAGCAGCCGAGAUAGUCGCAGUAGUAGCAGUGCUCAUUUAACUCACUCAUAUUAUUCACUGAUUCAAUUGUUGCAGCCAGUUUUAUUCACUGUUGUUUUUACCCUUGAAGCAGAAGAAUUGAAACGAAGGUGUGUAUCAUGGGAAUAAAAUCAAAAUCUAGUUCACCUGCUGCGUCUUAAGCGGACGCUUGCUACUACUCACUCUUCUGAAUUUAAUUCCGUGGAGCUUAUCUCAUGUGAAAUUACGUAUGGAUAUUCGUGUCCAUUUUUAAUAGAGCACAUUUGAUCCCCUCGUCGUAGCGUAACAAAAGUAAAAGAAGAUUGAAAUUAAGCAUAGCGAAAUAUUUGCAUUUGUUGUAAUACUGUGAGACGAUUAAGGUUUCAGUUUCGUUCGUUAUAAAAUUGAAUUAAAUUGAGUCGUGCAUGUGCUGACUAUAAAUAAUCGCUGUGGGGUUGAAAAUGCCGUGGAGAGCAUCUCUGAGAGAUUUGCGAGUGCAAGUUAUCCAAGAAUCGAGGAGGUUCACGCUGAGAUCUGGAAACGUGUUGAGUUCGCAAUGGAACAAAGUGAGAAGAUUUGUACGAAGCAAAUCGUCCUCUACACAAACCACCAGCAACUCUCAUCAGCAAGGAAUUAUUAGUGGGGAUCAAUCAAAAGGGUCACAGCCAAUUUCUCCACCACAACUUUACAAAAUAAUCAUGGUUGGAUCGGGCGGGGUUGGAAAAAGUGCUCUAACACUUCAAUUCAUGUAUGACGAGUUUGUAGCAGACUAUGAGCCCACCAAAGCCGAUUCCUAUCGAAAAAAGGUAAUUUUGGACGGUGAAGAGAUUCAAGUUGACAUUCUCGACACCGCAGGACAAGAAGAUUACGCAGCCAUCAGAGACAACUAUUUUAGAUCUGGGGAAGGAUUCCUUUGCGUGUACAGCAUUACAGAAGAAGUUGGAGGGUUGGAAAACUGUGAAGAACUGAGGGAUCAGAUAAUCCGUGUUAAAGAUAACGACGAUCGCAUUCCAUUAAUUUUGAUUGGAAAUAAAUCGGAUCUUGAGGACAGGCGGAAAGUGUCGCGUUCCGUGGGCGAGAACAGAGCAAAAAACUGGGGUGUCCCUUUAAUUGAGACGUCUGCAAAAACAAGGGAAAAUGUGGACAAGGCAUUUUUCGAUUUGUUGCGCAUAAUUAGGGAAGACAAGCGAAGAAAGUGUGGCAAAUCACAACACAAAUCGGACGGGCGUAGCUUUGUUCCGAGACUCAGCGUGGGAAAAAACACGGCAGGAGUUUCUUCAAGUGGUCACAACGACAUGGACAAGGAUUCAACGUCGCCAGCAAGACCGAUGACGAGAAAGGGUUGGUUGUCCUGCUGCUGCUGCAGGUGUUGCUGAACAGUCGACAAAGAUAAGGACUUAAUUUCAAGAAAAUGUUUGCUAUUUUUAAAUAAAUAUUCUUUUCUCAACCAACUUUUUUUUAUAUAUAUGUAACGUAACUGUACAAAAAUGUAUGUAUGUCUAAUGAAAUGAUGACAGAAG